GGAGUGGGAAGAGGAAUAAAUAAAUAAGAAAAAAAUAAAAAUCUGAUUGCUGGGUUCUUUCUUUGUUUCUGGAAAUGGAAGGAAAAGUAGUGUUAUGGCAAGUUUCCGGUGGAGCGGCAUGUGAUAAGUCAUUUGUUAGAACCAGCCAUGCCACCAACAAUUUCCAAAACAAGAUUACCUUUACCAAGUACAUGGGUUCCGUACCACCUUGCCUGCCAGUGCCAGCAGUAAAUAUUCCAAGAAGGUCUUUUCUGGGGUUUCUGGCUAUCACCCCCUUUCUUCUGAAUCUCUCUCCGGUUCUUGGUGCUCCAUCACCAGAGAAUGACCAGGCAAAAGUAAUCCGGACCAUGAAGCUGGACAGUGGUGUGAGAUUACAAGAUAUAGUUAAAGGAGAAGGGCUUGAAGCCCGUGGAGGAGAUCUGGUAGAAUUGAAUUAUGUGUGUAGGCGAUCUAACGGAUAUUUCGUGCAUAGCACUGUAGAUCAGUUCAGUGGUGAAAGCAAUCCUGUUAUACUAACUUUGGAUGAGAAUAAGAUAAUAAAGGGACUAAUGGAAGUAUUGGUGGGCAUGAAGAUUGGAGGCAAGAGAAGAGCUCUUAUACCUCCGUCAGUGGGGUACAUAAAUGAGAAAUUGCAACCAAUUCCGGAUGAGUUUGGUCCUCGACGCAGCCUUUUGUCUCAUACAAGUGAGGAUUUGAUAUUUGAAGUACAGCUAUUGAAAGUACUGUGAGAAGGGCUCAACACAACAAUAGAUAGAAGGAAGGGAGAAAGGAAGGAAGGAACCCUCCUUCUUCUUCUGGUGAAGCAAUAUAGAGUCAACUUCCCCCCACAUCUAAACAUCUUCAAUACUACUUUGUAUAAACAAUUGUGUUUCCUUUUCUAUAAAUGCUACUAUAGUAGUCACAACUUCAAUA